AUGAGUGUAACAAAUAAUUUCAAACGAAAGACAUUUGCUGGUCAAAACUCAGCACCAGUACCAGCGAAUGGAGCACAAGCUAAACGACCGAAACGAUCCAAUGAAGAUGACGAAGAAGAUUUCAUGGAUGAUCCGACCUUCGAUGAUGCUGAUAACGAAAACAAAGAAAACGCUGUAGAACUCGGUCAGGGCCCAGCGUAUGAAGCAACGCAUGUCAAAUGGUCUCGGCCAGAUAUUCCAACAAUCAAUGCUUCGACAGAUAAAAUUAUCUUUCAACAAGUUGAUUUAGAUACUUAUACACAGACCGAAGGCACACCAAAUGCACUCGAUAAAAGUCGACCGCACACGCAUGGUCAUAGUACCGUGAUUCGCCUCUACGGUGUUACCGAUGAAGGCUAUUCAGUGAUGGCACAUUUACAUGGCUAUGUUCCGUAUUUCUACGCGUCCUUGCCAUCCGAUAAGUUUACGGCAGCAGAUUGCGAACGUUUCAAGCAAAAUUUCCAUGCCGCACUUCGUAGUGAAAUGCGUGGUAAAGAUGUCAUCUCGUCGGAUUUGGUACUGAGCGUUGAAAUAGAGCAAAAAGCGAGCAUCUAUGGUUUUCAUCCGGACGCUAAAAAAAAUCAAGUUUUAAAAAUAAGCCUAUUGUUAUCAAGACUUAUCGCCACAUCACGACGUAUUCUUGAAGGUGGCUUUUCAUGGACAGGAAAUAAAAAUCAGUUGGAUGGUUACAAAACAUACGAAUCGAAUAUUGAUUUUGAAAUUCGUCUUAUGGCUGAUUUAAAUAUUGUUGGUUGUAAUUGGAUUGAAAUUCCUGCUGGAAAAUACUUCAUACGACAAGUAAUCGCACGUGGAAUUACUCAACAAUUAAAAUUACAAUCGCGGUGCCAAAUCGAAUUGGAUGUUUGGGCACAUGACAUCAUUUCAUAUCCAGCCGAUGGCGAGUGGCAACGUAUUGCACCUUUGCGUAUCAUGAGUUAUGAUAUUGAAUGUGCUGGACGGAAAGGAAUUUUUCCGGAACCUGAGCAUGAUCCAGUAAUUCAAAUUGCUAGUAUGGUUAUCCGUCAAGGCGAAAAAGAAGAAUUUAUCAAAACUGUAUUCACUUUGGGUACAUGUGCGAAUAUCGCAGGUGUUGAAGUAAUCGAAUGCAAAACUGAGCAUGAACUCCUCGAAAAAUGGGCAGAUUUUCUGCGUGAAGUCGAUCCGGAUAUUAUCACGGGGUAUAACAUUCAGAACUUUGAUUUCGCUUAUCUUCUUGCUCGUGCUAAACAUUUGAAUAUCAGCACGUUUUCAUAUCUUGGUCGUUUAAAAGAUGUUAAAACAACAGCGCGAACAACAGUUUUGCAAUCGAAACAAUUGGGAAGACGGGAAAAUAAGCAAAUCAAUUUAGAAGGACGAAUCCUAUUCGAUCUCUUAUUAGUACUUCUUCGUGAAUAUAAACUUCGCUCAUACACAUUGAACGCUGUUAGUUUUCAUUUUCUUCAACAACAAAAAGAAGAUGUGCAACAUUCGAUUAUAUCUGAUUUACAAAAUGGUAACGCUCAAACACGUCAUCGUCUUGCUGUGUACUGUCUCAAAGAUGCAUAUUUACCAUUGCGUUUAUUAGAAAAACUAAUGUCAUUGAUCAAUUAUAUGGAAAUGGCCCGUGUCACUGGUGUACCAAUGAAUUAUCUACUUCAACGUGGUCAACAAAUCAAAGUCAUUUCACAAAUCUUACGCAAAUGUAAAGAAAAAAAUCUACUCAUUCCGGCAAUGAAAGUCAAUGACAACGGAGAUGAUUUUACCGGUGCCACUGUUAUCGAACCUAUCCGUGGUUAUUAUGACACACCAAUUACAACGUUAGAUUUUUCAUCACUGUAUCCAUCGAUCAUGCAAGCACAUAACUUAUGCUAUUCGACUUUGAUCACCGAUGGAAGAAUCAAACAAAAUCUUUCAGAAGAUGAUUACAUUACGACACCAAGUGGAAACUGUUUCGUGAAAUCGUCUGUUCGUCGAGGUUUAUUACCUGAAAUUCUUGAAAAUUUACUCAGUGCUCGUAAACGUGCAAAACAAAUGAUGAAAGAAGAAACGGACGAGUUUCGUAAGAAAGUGCUCGACGGACGUCAAAAUGCUUUGAAAAUCUCUGCCAAUUCCGUUUAUGGUUUCACCGGCGCUCAAGUCGGCAAACUUCCAUGUCUGGAAAUAUCUCAAUCAGUCACAUCAAUCGGUCGCGAAAUGAUUGAAAAGACGAAAACUUUGGUUGAAAAUGAAUUCACAAUCAGUAAAGGUUAUGAACAUGACGCGAAAGUUAUUUACGGUGAUACUGAUUCAGUUAUGAUUAAAUUCGGUGUGAAAACUUUGGAAGAAGCUAUGAAACUUGGUCGUCUAGCUGCUACAACUGUCUCAGCUACUUUCAUUUCGCCAAUCAAACUGGAAUUCGAAAAAUGUUAUUAUCCAUAUUUAUUGAUCAAUAAGAAACGUUAUGCUGGUCUUUUCUUUACACGACCUGACAAACAUGAUAAAAUGGACUGCAAAGGUAUCGAGACAGUGCGACGCGACAAUUGUGAAUUAGUUGCAAGUUUAAUCAGUACAUGCUUAGAAAAGCUAUUAAUCGAAAGAGAUCCAAAUGGUGCUGUCGAAUACGUUAAGAAUGUCAUUUCAGAUUUAUUAUGUAAUCGAAUUGAUAUUUCACAAUUGGUUAUCAGUAAAGAAUUAACCAAAACCGAUGGCGAAUAUGCCAAUAAACAACCACAUGUCGAAUUAGCGAAUAAAAUGCGCAAACGUGAUCCUGGUAGUGCACCAAAUUUAGGCGAUCGAGUUCCAUAUGUGAUUAUACCAGGAACAAAGAAUCAACCAGCUUACGAACGAGCAGAAGAUCCAGUCUAUGUUUUGGAUAAUAACGUUCCCAUUGAUACAAAAUAUUAUCUUGAACAACAAAUAUCGAAACCAUUAUUGCGUAUAUUCGAACCUAUUCUAGGCGAUGCCAAAGCUGAAUCAAUACUUUUACAUGGAGAACAUACAUCGGUGAAAACAGUAGUGACAUCCAAAGUAGGAGGUUUGGCAGGUUUCAUCACGAAAAAAGACAAAUGUAUCGGAUGUAAAACUGUCUUACAAGAACAAGAAAAAGAAGGCGAUUAUUAUCAAAAAGAAAUUGAAUCGUUGCAAGAAUUAGAAGAAAAGUUUACUCGUCUAUGGACCGAAUGCCAACGAUGUCAAGGUGCAAGAUUAGAAGAUGUUCUGUGCACCAAUCGCGAUUGUACAAUAUUUUACAUGCGUCGUAAAGUACAAAAGGAUCUUGCCGAUCAGAAUCGUGUCAUCUCACGUUUCACUGUUCCUCCUCUCAAUUGGUAA